AUGUUCCCACUCGAGGGCCGCAGUCUCUCCAUCUUUGUUGUGACCUUGGUUUUUCUAUUACUCUCAUUCAUCUCUGUCGCUCUACGAUGUUUCGUCCGGCUGAGAUUAGUAAGAGCCUUUGGCUGGGAUGACUCCCUGAUGGUUCUGGCAAUGGCGUUGAAUAUCCUGUUCGCAUUGUGCGGAAUGAUCGGUGCUCGCUGGGGCUUGGGUCACAGAAUGGUAGAUUUCGCUCGCUCGCCUGAUCCUGAACGUGAGCUCGAGACUGCUCUUUUUUGGUGGUGGCUCGGCCAAACAAGCUAUGUGAUCACAUGCGUGGUUGCCAAAAUAUCCAUCGCUUUGGCACUUCUCCGCCUUACAGUGACUAAAGUCCACAAAUAUAUCCUAUGGGGCGUUAUCGCGGUUUCUGUCAUCGUCGGUGUCGUAUUCUGGUUCAUGCUUAUGCUACAGUGUAAGCCUGUGGAUUAUUUCUGGCAUCGGCUCACUACCACCGGAACUUGUAUAAACACCGAUCAUAUCCUCAAUAUCGCAUAUGUGUACAGUGUGACUGCGACCAUCUGCGAUUUCAUUUUGGGACUUCUGCCGAUUGCGCUGGUUUGGAAAUUGCACAUGCAUCAGACAACAAAAGCCGCGCUUGCUGGUAUCCUGAGCAUGGGCUGCGUUGCCAGUGCCGCUGUCAUAGUCCGCAUUCCCUACCUUCAUUACUACAAAGACGAGGACUUCUUAUACGCAACAACUCAAAUCUCCAUCUGGUCGAAUGUCGAGGCUGGUCUGGGAAUAACUGCAGGCAGUCUGGUUACGCUCCGUCCUCUUUUGCGCUGGUUCCGUGGCGAUUCAAGUUAUACGAAUUCAAAAAGUAGGACGUGGUACGGGGGCCCUGGAAGCAUGCCUUUGUCUAGCAUGAACGGAGCGCGUCACCCUCGAAACGAUCCACAGUCAGGCAACAAUUACUGGCGUCCUGAUAUUGAACCUCAAGGCAACCAUGGAGUUGUUACGACUGUACAUGGAAGCCCGAGCAGCAGUCAGGAGAACCUUAACCCCAAGCAAAAUUCGCUUUCAGGGGUCAAUGUACAAAAAUCAUUCCUAGUGACGACAACUAACGAGUCCUAGAUUAGAAUUUAUAAUGGAGCGG